ACUCAGUAAAGCGCGGCUUCGAUAUAAAGCUUUUCUCUGAAAGAAAGAAACGUUCAUAGCAUAGCGGAACAAUGGAGGGUUUGAGAAAGCUACUGAUUGUAGCGGCGGCUGUUGUAUUGGCGGCGGCGACGGCGGCGGAAGGGAGGCUGGUUUACGUCGGAGGCGGGAAGACGACGUGGGCGGCCAACGUUAACUUCACCGAGUGGUCGUCUCACCAACACUUCUACGUCGGUGACUGGAUUUGUGAGUUCUUUCUCUCCUUUCACACUCUCAAGUCUCACCCACGAUUGCGUAUUACUUUUUUAACGACGAACUUGACAUCGUAAAUCUCGACUCAUAUGAAUACUCGAUAAAUUUACGAUAUUUGCUAGAUUGAAAAAAAAAAUGUUCAACAGAGCAUAUUGUUUUACGAUAACAAAGAAUGCUAAUUAAUCUUGAAUCUAAACAUAACGAAUUCAUUUGUAUUUAAAUUCACAAUCUCUUGUAUGUAUUUAUUACACUUGUUUCUGGGUUUUUUAACAUUAUAAUUUUGAGAUUCCUUGAACAAAUUAAUACGUAACUCUUUGUACAAAUCGUCCCUAGAUUAGACGGCCGGCCAAGACUCUCUAAACUAAUUGUUUACCUAAUUAAUUAGCCAUCACUGCCUUAGAUCUUAUCAGUCAGAAAAUGGAACAAAACAUAGCCUGCAGACUUAGCUUUUGCAUUCAUCUUUAGUCUUGUUACCUAGUGAGCCUUUAAGGGUUUAGAAAUCAUUUACUUGUUCAAGAAUAAUUAUAGUCUUAUAAUAGCUUAUACCACAGUCCUUCAAAAACUAGUAAUUAACCUUCACAUUUAAUGUGUACCAUUAUCUCAAUUUUACGGGUGAUAAUUAAUUUUGAAUUGAUCCAUUUUACUCGACCUGUUUCGAACAAAUACAAGAUAGGUACAUGUACUCUCAUCGACUUAAAAUGUUCAUACUCAAUUUUUCAUAUUUGGAUUUCAUCAAUCACCGUAGUAAUCUAUUUGGUAUAAAAUCAACUCAUCUUAAUAACUCGAAUUCACGAAAUCUAAAAAAAUAAGUAUUCUUAUUUUUUCCACGUGAUGUAUUAAAAUGUACGCAGAUUUUGGGUUCGACAAGCACACCUACAACGUGCUGGAAGUGAACAAAACGAGCUACGAGACGUGCAACGACGUCGGAUUCAUAAAGAACAUCACGAGAGGCGGCCGCGACGUCUACCAGCUGACGGAGGCCAAGACUUACUACUUCCUCUCCGGCAGAGGCUUCUGCUACGGCGGUUUGAAGGUCGCCAUCCCCGUCGAAAACAUCCCUCCGGCUGCUUCCCCGGCUCCUUCUCCGGCGAACAAGAACUCCGCUGCGUCGUCGACGCCGCCGCCGCCCUCCGCCGCCCGUUUCAUCGGUCUCGGUCUUCUCACGGCAGCUCUUGCGGCGUCCGCCCUCUCGACGGCAAUGUUCUAGAUAGUACAAGAAGGAUUUAAAACGGCGUCGUUAAAUCAGUUUAUAGUUUUUUAGGAAGGUUAAGAUAGUAAUUACAGGUGUCAAUGGGUGCUUUUUGGUUUUUUAUAUGGCGAAGACUUUCUAGGAAAGCGGGAAACAUGUUUAUUAUCGUGGUCGCCGAGUCUUAGUGGCUUAAUUAGUAGUAGUAUUUUUGUUUCUAAUUGGUUUGGGGCGCUUUUACCCGGGAAAAUCAUAUAGCUAUCUCAUAGGGAGUUAGUCACACCCAUGAAUGAUAUAAAUACCACGGUUGCUU